AUGGCAGUCAAUGAUUGGAUCUGUGAAGUCCCUGUUAGUGGCCCGCUUUCCGAGUACGCCGAUGCCCCACAAGAAGUGGGCUUGGCUCUCGGUCGCAAGGACCCACUUCCCUCCGAGACCGAGUCCUUUGACCUUGACCGAGUCGACCCGCCAUCCGAGUCCUUUGACCUUGACUGGGUUGACCCGCCAUCCGAGUCCUUUGACCUUGACCGAGUUGACCCACCAUCCGAGUCCUUUGACCGGUGGGUCGACCCGACAUCCGAGUCCUUUGACCUUGACCGGUGGGUCGACCCGCCAUCCGAGUCCUUGUGCCUUGAUCGGGUCGACCCGCCACCAUCGGAUUCCUUAGGCUUUUUUCGACGCGAUUUCUUGGCGAGGUCUGGGUGGGCCCGCGACGGAGAGUCAUCCCGGCCCAACUUGACGCUACCACCUUCGGACGAGUCCUUGGAGUGGUUUCUCCUCGAGUGCCUCGAUUUAGUGGACGAGUCUUUUUUCCUCGGGGACUCGUUCGAGUUGUGGUUUUCGCGCCUCGACGAUCUUGGGAUUUCAGGGGACUCUGUUGCUCUAUUGCCUUUUUUAGUAUCUAUUAGAAAAUAA